AUGGAGGCGUAUGUGCUGUCUCUACUUUUGUUUGGUUUCCUGGUACUUACAGAGACCUGGGCAGGCUCUCACUCCCUGAAAUACUUCCACACCGCCAUGUCUCAACCCGGGCUAGCAAAACCAAGGAUCAUCUCCGUAACCUACGUGGACGACCGGCAGGUCUUGAGCUUUGACAGCGACCGCGAGAGCCAGAGCCCGGAACCCAGGUUGCCGUGGAUAGAGCACACCUCCUGGGAGCGGGAGACGCAGAUCUUCAGGGAGGCCACGCAGCUUUUCGGAAUGUGUCUGCGGGUAGCGCCCGUAUACUACAACCAUAGUGAGGGAGGGGUUCACACAUACCAGAGACUGUCAGGCUGCGAGGUGUUCUCUAACGGGAGCUUCAGCCGCGGCUUCGUGCAAUACGGCUAUGACGGACAGGACGACCUGGCGCUGGAUACCGAGUCUGCGCGUUGGAUUGCGGUAAGCGCAGGGGCCUCGAACUGUAAGCACCAGUGGGAAGCAGAACAAAGCGAUGCGAAAUAUUGGAAGGGCUAUCUGGAGGAAGACUGCGUGUACCAGCUUAAAAGAUACCUGGAGAACGGAAAGGAGACACUACUUCGGACAGAUCCUCCGUCUGUACAAGUGACCCGACACACAAAUUCUGACGGGGAAGUGACCCUGCGGUGCAGGGCCCAGGGCUUUUACCCUGCGGAGAUCUCCCUGAUUUGGCUGAGGGAUGGAGAAGAACAGCUCCAGGAGACGGAACUCAUUGAGACCAGACCUGCCGGAGAUGGGACCUUUCAGAAGUGGGCAGCUGUGGAGAUCCUCUCUGGAAGUGAACAGAAAUAUACCUGCCGAGUUCAGCAUGAGGGACUACCCGAGCCACUCUUCCUGAAAUGGGAGCCACAGUCCUCAUUCGUAGGGGUCUCUGCAGGCGUCAUCACGGCUCUUCUCUUCCUUGCUGCAGUCACUGUUGGAGUUGUGAUCUGGAGGAAAAAUACUUCAGUUGGAAAAAGAGGGAGCUAUACUACAACUGCAAGUAGUGAAAGUGCCCAGGGAUCAGAUGUCUCUCUUACAGCAAGAGCCUAAGGGAGCUGCCUUGUGUGGA